AUGCAACUCCUGCCCUCUUUAGAAACUGUUGCAGUCCGUCGGCAAACUAAGGGUUACCUCAAUACAGGGGACAAGUUCAUCGAGGGAUGGAUGGUUGGUUCCCCAUUUUCGUUAAUGGACUGGGGAGAAAAUGUUUCGGCUCGAAUGACUCGUCUAGAAGACUAUUCUUACAUUCCAGUUUCCACCGGAUUAAAUUUGCUGACAGUAAAAUGUCCGAAGCUUUGCUUUCUGUGGUGGGCUAGUAGUCGCUGCCUCAGUAGGGCUCCUGAUGUUGGAAUGGUGGGUGCUAAGGCAAUGGGUCAGGAGCCUAUGCGCAUCAACAUCACCACAGAGGCACAAGCCGUGGUUAAAGCAGGGAACCCUUGGCUUUGUUUUUCAGAAUGGUCCACAAUUUCCUAG